GUGUGUGAGGUACAGAGUUGUCAGGGUGACAACAGGGAGUCACAACGACAUGGAAGUAAGGGUUCAAUUAACAUAAAGGUAAAUCCACAGAUUAUUCAACUUUGGCUGUAUUUUGAGAAAGAAUUCUGUUUUGCAUGUCUGAUUCUUUUGGAACAUGGGCAGCAUUCUCUAUGAUCAGAACUAGAUGACUGUUUAUCACCCUUGAUAAGGUUGUCUUCAGAAUGGCUCACUUACUCUCGUCCCGUUCUCAUGAAAUUAUAGCAAGUAGUUUACGAUAACGGUUACGACGAACAUAUGGCAGAUGAGCCCAAAGAUGCCAAAACCAACCUUAUCGUCAAUUACCUGCCCCAAAACAUGAGCCAGGAUGAGUUGCGGAGCCUCUUCAGCAGCAUCGGCGAGGUGGAGUCUGCCAAACUCAUCCGCGAUAAAGUGGCAGGUAAUCCCUAUCACCAAAACCAGAGUGAGUCCAAACCCUUUUCUUUUGACCUCAGUUCAUUUACUUUAAUCACUGUCCAUAAGAAGGAGAUUCAUGGCCCCGGCCUUCUCAGUGUCUGUCUGCACAUGUAUUCUUCGUUUUCUUUUCCACUACUAAAGUCUGAUGUUGAAUGUGACAUCACAUAUUUUUGUUUGACUGUGCCAAUAUUUUAUUUCUUGAUUACUAGUCUGUAAAUUCAAUGUGGUAUCUGUUGGUUACCGUAAUUGUAUUUGACUUUGUAUGAAACUCCCGCGUGCUUCCUAAAAUUAUUUUACCUCAUUUAUUCGAUACUAAGAGUAUUUUUGUAAAUUGCAGACUACCUGAUUUAGUGUUGGGAUCAAGGAUAGUCUUUUUGUUGUUUUUUACUCCUGUUUUUCUGUGCUAUAUUUACACCUUGUUACCUCUGUUCUUUAAACUUUCGUUACUUGAGUAUCUCUUUUAAUGGUGGUCUUUGGGGAGUUCUGUUCAUGGUCUUUGCGGUUGUUUUCUUGUUUCAUUGGGCAUAUGGCUGCUCCAUGUUAUUAGAUUUGGUGAUAACUCCAUAUUGUAAAACCAAGCAUUAAAUACCUUUCUUUGGUGACCAGUUAUAAUGGAAUUCUAUUUAGUUUUCUCUUGUAUUUAGUUUCAAAUUGUAACGUGUAAAUAUUUAUUGGAACGAGGGCGUUCAAGGUUUUUUAUUUAUUUAAUUGUUCGAUAUCAGGCAUUAACUUUCAGAAAUACAGUGAGGGGGGAAAAAAGUAUUUGAUCCCCUGCUGAUUUUGUACGUUUGCCCACUGACAAAUAAAUUAUCAGUCUAUAAUUUUAAUGGUAGGUUUAUUUGAACAGUGAGAGACAGAAUAACAACAAAAACAUCCAGAAAAACGCAUGUCAAAAAUGUUAUAAAUUGAUUUGCAUUUUAAUGAGGAAAAUAAGUAUUUGACCCCCUCUCAAUCAGAAAGAUUUCUGGCUCCCAGGUGUCUUUUUAUACAGGUAACGAGCUGAGAUUAGGAGCACACUCUUAAAGGGAGUGCUCCUAAUCUCAUCUUGUUACCUGUAUAAAAGACACCUGUCCACAGAAGCAAUCAAUCAAUCAGAUUCCAAACUCUCCACUAUCACGAGAAUUUUGUUAUCUCAAUGGUUGAAGUCAAAUACUUCUUAAAUCUUUGAAUAAUUCCCAGAAAUUAAUUAAACAAAGACCCAAUCCUGCAAUGGUCAGCCUUUAUUCUUUGAGAGCGCUGUGCAACAAAAUGGUCGUACAAUCUUUUUAUACACACACGUCAGAGGAAAAAUCCCACCCCGCUUUAGGCGGCCUGUAUUUUUCCACCGUACACAUCUUGUAAGCUCGCACCUGGGUUUAGCUCAUGUGAUUUUCCUCUGCUCUCCUGACCAUCAGGUCACAUAUACACACACACACACACACACACGUGUUCUUAUCAUAGUCUACUCCUUGCUCGGGCAGGCUGCAUUUUUUAGUUAUCGCCGUCCUCACAAUAUCCUGCAAUCCUUUUCACUCCCCUUUCCCUGUGUGUUUUUGGAACCAGUCUCCUGUUAUUGGUUUCAAUCGUUUUGCACUUCUUCUUGCCUAAUUACAAAACACAAAUACUCUGUUGCUGGGAUAUAAACACAUUUGAUUAACUCUCUAAGCUGUAGUCUACUAAUUAGUCAUACAUUAUUAGUUUAACUGAGAGUGUGACAUUUUAGUCAUAUCUUACUCACACAUUUCUUUAUCAUCCACCAUGGCCAAGACCAAAGAGCUCUCCAAGGAUGUCAGGGACAAGAUUGUAGACCUACACAAGGCUGGAAUGGGCUACAAGACCAUCGCCAAGCAGCUUGGUGAGAAGGUGACAACAGUUGGUGCGAUUAUUCGCAAAUGGAAGAAACACAAAAUAACUGUCAAUCUCCCUCGGCCUGGGGCUCCAUGCAAGAUCUCACCUCGUGGAGAUGCAAUGAUCAUGAGAACGGUGAGGAAUCGGCCCAGAACUACACGGGAGGAUCUUGUCAAUGAUCUCAAGGCAGCUGGGACCAUAGUCACCAAGAAAACAAUUGGUAACACACUAUGCCGUGAAGGACUGAAAUCCUGCAGCGCCCGCAAGGUCCCCCUGCUCAAGAAAGCACAUAUACAUGCCCGUCUGAAGUUUGCCAAUGAACAUCUGAAUGAUUCAGAGGAGAACUGGGUGAAAGUGUUGUGGUCAGAUGAGACCAAAAUGUAGCUCUUUGGCAUCAACUAUAUAAAAAAAAAUUGCGUCUGCUAAAUGACUAAAAUGUAAAUAUAACUCAACUCGCCGUGUUUGGAGGAGGAGGAAUGCUGCCUAUGACCCCAAGAACAUCAUCCCCACCGUCAAACAUGGAGGUGGAAACAUUAUGCUUUGAGGGUGUUUUUCUGCAAAGGGACAGGACAACUUCACCGCAUCAAAGGGACGAUGGACGGGGCCAUGUACUGUCAAAUCUUGGGUGAGAACCUCCUUCCCUCAGACAGGGCAUUGAAAAUGGGUUGUGGAUGGGUAUUCCAGCAUGACAAUGACCCAAAUCACACGGCCAAUGCAACAAAGGAGUGGCUCAAGAAGCAGCACAUUAAGGUCCUGGAGUGGCCUAGCCAGUCUCCAGACCUUAAUCCCAUAGAAAAUCUGUGGAGGGAGCUGAAGGUUCGAGUUGCCAAACGUCAGCCUCGAAACCUUAAUGACUUGGAGAAGAUCUGCAAAGAGGAGUGGGACAAAAUCCCUCCUGAGAUGUGUGCAAACCUGGUGGCCAACUACAAGAAACGUCUGACCUCUGUGAUUGCCAACAAGGGUUUUGCCACCAAGUACUAAGUCAUGUUUUGCAGAGGGGUCAAAUACUUAUUUCCCUCAUUAAAAUGCAAAUCAAUUUAUAACAUUUUUGACAUGCAUUUUUCUGGAUUUUGUUGUUGUUAUUCUGUCUCUCACUGUUCAAAUAAACCUACCAUUACAAUUAUAGACUGAUCAUGUCUUUGUCAGUGGGCAAACGUACAAAAUCAGCAGGGGAUCAAAUACUUUUUUCCCUCACUGUAGAUUAGCUUACAAUGAAAAGCUAAGGUAUUUCUUUCAAAAAUGAUGCAUGGCCAGCAUACUGCUAAUGUUUAUCAAUGAAAGAAUGUAGCUUGCUACAUUUGCUAAUGUUUUACUUGAAGUUAGUCUUGCAUUUUAACCUACUACUGGAGAAAAACUACACCGGAGGAAAGUACUUUUCUGCAUUUGAUCUUUUCAGAAUCCUGCUUUAACGUGACCCCGUGGAUAAUUUUGAUACCAAAGUUUUUAAAUCUAUUGUUAUUAUAAGAGGCUGUUACUCCCUUCUAUUUGAAAAAAUGUAUUUUAAUUUACACUUUCAAAGUGGGUCUUUUUUUCUUGAGCCAUAUUUUGCAGAAAAUGUUUUCCUUUGCAAAUGUUUUUGCCAAAAUGCAUGCAUUGUACCGAUAUCUCCUGUGGAAGACUGGUAUCCAAUCUGUAAAUAUGGACAAACUUUUGUUAUUUUAUUUUGUUGUUUUUUCCCCCUUUUUUUUCUCUAGGCCACAGUUUAGGGUACGGAUUUGUUAACUAUGUUAACGCUAGUGAUGCAGAAAGGGCUAUCAAUACCCUCAAUGGGCUGAGACUACAGUCUAAAACUAUCAAGGUAAUGUGCAAUAAGGUGUUUUCAUGUUUCAACUGAUGGAUGUGAUAUGUUUCUCAAGUAGUCCCUGGGCAGUUGAGGGUGAGCCCUCCUGCAAAGUGUCUAUUUGCAAAAGCAUAUGAAGGUAUUUGGGUAACGUCUACUUAAACAAUCAUGUAAUAUUGAAUUUUUUGAUUGAAGCAAUUGGCCUGUGUGGGUAACCUGACAUGGUUUUAUUUUCGGCACAUGUUUAUACUGAAGCUUAUAUUCAUUUUGUUCAGACUACUUUUGUUUUUGAUUUAACACUACUGGUUAUUGCAGAGUUGGUUUUUGCUAGAGUGUGACGUUGUGCCGAAUCAAAUCCCUGCAUAAUUUACAAUUACAUUUUAUUCUUAAUUUUUUAUUUUCCUUUUAUAGCUUUUAACUUUUCCAAAUGGAUCCAUUUUAAGAAAUUAUAAUUGUCUUUGAUUAAUUAAGUAGCUGCUCAGCAAUGUGCAAUCUUGCUCUGCGAUGUGACAUGAUUUUAAUAUUGUUUGUACUUUUUUGUUUCGCUUUAAAGUUUUUCAAACAUAUCAAUACGAGACAUUUAGAUUUAGAAUCUGAUUUAAAAUGGUCUAAUGUUUGUAAUAUUGUGAAAUUAAUUCCAAAGCAUUAUUUUUUUGAAUAAAUGUUUUCCCUAUAAAUUGCACUCAGAAUGGAAACUGACUUGUCGUCUCCUCAUCAGGUGUCCUUCGCCAGGCCGAGCUCUGACGGUAUUAAGGAUGCCAAUCUUUACAUUAGUGGGCUGCCCAAGACCAUGACACAGAAAGACGUGGAGGAUAUGUUCACACGCUAUGGCCACAUCAUCAACUCACGUGUCUUGGUUGAUCAGGCCUCAGGUAGGCAGGCACAGCCAGAAUGAGAAAUAUUUGUGCGACUCAAUUAAAUGAGCACAAAGGAUGCCAUUCAAGUGGACUUUACACUCUCCAAAUCCUAACUAUUAGGGCAGAAAAAAAUUGGGACAUCUUUAGCCCAUUCCAUUAAUUGCUUCUCCAUUUCCUCCCCUUGCUUCUCAGGCCUGUCCAGGGGUGUGGCCUUUAUCCGCUUUGACAAACGGGCUGAGGCGGAGGACGCCAUCAAAGACCUGAACGGACAGAAACCCCCUGGGGCCUCGGAGCCCAUCACGGUGAAGUUUGCUGCCAACCCCAACCAGGCCAAGAACUCCCAGCUCAUCAACCAGCUCUACCACAACCAGGGUCGCCGCUUUGGAGGCCCAGUACACCACCAGGCCCAGAGAUUCAGGUGAGUGGCCGACUGCACUACACAAUGCAUGUCAGUGCCCGGUUGUUAGAUGGUAUGUUAUUCCAUGCUACUCAGACUUGCAUGGUUUGACACCAAUUUUGUCAGCAUUUGUUUUAUUUACUUGGCAAUCUGGAGUGAUCAGAGAGUAGACUAAAGAAGUGAAGUAGACAAACUGCCAGUGUUUUAAAGUUCUAGGAAAUGAGUCUGUGUAGUGUUUAACCCCUGUUAUAGUGAGUGGAGGAUGUAGCUCAGUUGGUAGAGCAUGGCGCUUGCAACGCCAGGGUUGUGGAUUCGUUUCCCACGGGGGGCCAGUAUGAAAAUGUAUGCACUCACUAACUGUAAGUCGCUCUGGAUAAGAGCGUCUGCUAAAUGACUAAAAUGUAAAAGAAAAUGUUGUUAAGCAAGGGUAUUUUUGUGACCCGGGGAGUCGAGACUAGAACCCCAGAGACCUAGACCCCUGACUUGUUUGUUCGCUUUUAGUACUUGUCAGAUAUUUCCAAGGUCAACAGGCCUGCACCUUAUGUUUGUAGGUUAUUUUAAACUGGCAUCUAUGGAGUAGUAUUUGAAGAACCCUUGUUCUGUGCCCUUGGCAGAUUCUCUCCGAUGAGUGUAGACCACAUGAGCGGCAUGUCUACGGUCAGUGCUGAGGGGAACUCCACGGCCGGCUGGUGCAUCUUCAUCUACAACCUGGGCCAGGACGCUGACGAGGGCAUCCUGUGGCAGAUGUUCGGGCCCUUCGGAGCCGUCACCAAUGUCAAGGUCAUCCGUGACUUCAACACCAACAAGUGCAAAGGCUUCGGCUUUGUCACCAUGACCAACUAUGAGGAGGCGGCCAUGGCCAUCGCCAGCCUCAACGGUUACCGCCUUGGGGACAAGGUCCUGCAGGUUUCAUUCAAAACCAGCAAGGGGGGUCACAAGUAA